GGCGACACAAAAUGUAGUUGAUGAAGUUUCGUAUAAACGAAAUCACGAGUGCCUAGUGUUAGAAUAUAAGAAGAAAAAUGUCAACAAUACUGUCAUCACCAAGUUAAUGAAGCUUACCUAUGAUGCCCGUCGAGUAGAUAUUUCUUCAUGCCUCAUUCGGUUAACAGAAAUCCUUGAAAAAUACCCUUUCUUUGGAAGUAAAAUAUGGGUGUGCACUGAGUUUGAAAUGAUGGUUGGUGAGGGGAAAAUAGAUUUGAUGAAAACAAAUUGGGAAAAAUAUUUACCAAUCAUCAUGAGCACAACAGAUGAGUCGACAUCGCCAUCUUCGCCAGCUGUUCUUCAAAUUCUAGAUAAAAAUUUUCGUAGUGGACCAACAUACAAACAGCAAGGGAUAUUUCAAAUUUAUAAGAAUUCCACUGAUAUUGACACAGUAAUUGUCGACAGCAGCUUCCCUGAACCACGACUUGUUCUUUUUGAAGGAGACAGUAGUAGUACUAUCACACAAGGCUUUAUAGUAGCUGAAAAAAACGUAAUUUUUGAAAUCAUCAACUUCUCUGUUUUUGAAGGUCUUGUAUCACUCCUGGCUACAUAUUACAUAUUUCAUGUCAACUACCCCAAGUCCAUACCUGCAUCUUCCUUGCUGUAUUUCAUCCAAGAGCAUCUCCUGGAAUUUAAUGAUCCUGCAAGUAAGAAACCAGCCAGAUACAAGGCAUUUAUCAAUACUUUAAAGAAGGCAGCUGACCAGGAAAAAGAACAAUUGAUAGAACCAUAGAACCAUCAUGUAUCAUACCAUAGAUAUUAAAUGACAGGGAUUGGAAACGGAAGCGUGGGCGUAGCCCAAACUCCAUUCAUU